AUGGCGACGAUGAGGGGCGCGUUAUUCGAUGGCGACGGCGGAAUGGAGGUAAGGGACAUCCCCCGACCCGAGGCAGGCCGGGGCGACGUGGUCGUUCGCGUCAGGUCGGUCGGCAUUUGCGGAUCUGAUCUCCAGAUGAACGUGGACAAGACUGAGCCUGACAGACUUCCGGCUGGCCACGAGGUCGCCGGCGAGAUCGUCGAGAUCGGGGACGACGUGGACCCCGCUCUUCUUGGAGAGCGCGUCGCCGUCGAGAUCAUUGACAUGGCCGCGCCUGCACGACCUGCUGGCGGCGGCUUCGCCGAGUUCAUGAAGCGCCGCGCUAUAGGCUGCUAUCCGGUCGGAGACCUGUCAUGGGAGGAUGCUGCCCUGGUCGAAGCCCCUGGCCGUGUCCAUCCACGGCGUCCGGCGGGGACAGAUGCAGGCGGGGAAGUGGUCGCCGUUCUGGGCAGCGGCAACAUCGGCCUGACUUCCAUAGCUGCAGCCAAGGCCCUCGGCGCGGGCAAGGUGAUCGCCACGGCCCGCUACGAACAGCAGGCGUCGCUAGCUAAGAUUUUGGGCGCAGACGAAGUGUACCCGGACAAGGGCUCCGAUUUCUGGGACGCGAUCGCUGAGUCCACAGGCGGACGCGGCGCCGACUUGACUAUAGAAACAGUCGGCGGCCAUCAGUCUGCGACUGCGACGCAGGCCGUAGAGGUCACGCGGGUACAGGGCCGCAUAGUAGUCGUGGGCGGCUUCCGCAGGCCGUUCGAAUUCGACUUCCUGACUCCCAUGCUGAAAGAGCAGUCGAUAGUCUUUUCAUCUUGUUACAGCGUCCUUGACGGCCGGCACGAUUACGAGCUGCCAUAG